AGAGGACUGAAACCAAAAACUUGUCUGCUGCUUUCGAAACUAUUAUGAGGUGUUUGGGGGUUUCUUAACGAGUCUUUUACAACUUUACCAAACGUAAAAAGCCAGUGAGAGACAGGACAACAUGGAUCUGAGUCACAGCAGAGUGAUCUGAGGACCAAACAUGAGUUGUAAAGUAGCAGCGGCUGGAUUUGUCGUCUUCCUUCUCUCUCUGUCAGUGGUACAGAGUCAGAAUGGUUGGGGAGUGACUUACACUUCUACUGAGAUCUGUGCACCAACAGGAUCAACAGUGGAAAUGAGCUGCACCUACACAUACCCAUCAAUGCAAAACCCUUCCACUAAAGUUAAUAAAGCAUUCUGGUAUACUAAAAUUAAUCUUAGUGAACCUGUGGAUCUGAGGACAGACUCAGAAUACAAAGAUCGUGUGCAGUCCAGUUGUUCUAAUAACAUCUGCACUCUGAGAAUCUCAGACCUCAGAAAGAGCGACGCAGAUGUGUACAAGUUCAAGUUCGUAACAAUCGCGCCAGAUGGAAAAUACACUGGUGAACCUGGAGUCACUUUGUCUGUCACAGAUCUCAAGGUCCAGCGCUACAAGUCAACACACUCUGACUGGCUGCAGUGUGACAGCAGUUGUCUUCCAGCUUAUCGUUAUCCCUUUGUCUGGUACCAGAAUGGACAGGAAAUUCAGAAACAGAAUUCUUAUUAUUUGUCCGACUUUGAUAAUCAACACAGCUAUUCAUGUGCUCUUAAAGGAUAUGUGGACUUCCCUUCUCCUUCAGUGUGUGUUGAUGGUACAGACUGCAACAGAUUGACUUACACUGACAAAAGAAUCUGUGCCUCCAAAGGCUCUUCAGUGAAAAUAUCUUGCACGUACAACAAGUACAAUUAUGGUGAUGCAUCAACAUUCUGGUUCAGGAAGAGUCCAUUACGACCUAAGGACCUUGUGGUAAACUCUCAGUAUGCAGGUCGUGCUGAGGUUGAAACAGUGAGAGGACGCUCCACUCUGACAAUCUCUGAGCUGACAGAGAGCGAUUCAGCCGAGUAUCACUUCAAAUUCAAAACACCAAGCUCUGAAUGGAGCAGUUCACCUGGUACAACUCUGACUGUCACAGAGCUCCAGGUGCAGGUGAUCAGAGUCUAUCAGUCCUUUACAGAGCUGAAGUGUCACAGCAGCUGCAGUCCAGCUGGUCGUUCUUCCUUCAUCUGGUUCAAGAAUGGAGAGAAAUUCAGAGAGGGAGAGACAUUUUAUUAUAGUGGCCGGCUUAAUUCCACAGAAGACAUCUCUUGUGCUUUGAAAGGACACGAGGAGUUCCCCUCUCCUCCAGUGUAUGCUCCAAGACUUCCCUCUGUGUCAGUGAGUCCCUCUGCUGAGAUAGUGGAGGGCAGUUCAGUGACUCUGACCUGCAGCAGUGAUGCUAACCCAGCAGCUAACAUUACCUGGUACAAGGAGAAUGAAGACUCAGCAAAAGCAUCAGGACAGAUCUUCACCAUCACUGACUUCAGAGCUGAACACAGUGGGAAUUAUUACUGUGAAGCCCAGAACAAAUUUGGGCAUGAAAACGCUACCAUUUGUCUCACUCUCGCCACAGGAAAACCUCCAAUAGCAAUUAUUAUCACAAUUGUGGCUCUGCUGGUUCUGGUUCUGAUCCUGAUAGCUGUCCUUCUGUGUCGAUGGAUUAGGAAGAAGAAAACUCUGGACACCACCAGUGAACCAAACGACCCUGUGAAGUUCGGCUCUGGUCUUGAGUACCAGAGCGUCAAGACUGCAGCAAAGACUGAAGACAAAGAGGAACAGGAGGACCUGAUGUAACUGCACCGUGUGAAAUGUGCAUUUUUGGAGUUUUUUACAUUUUGCACACUGUGUCCUUGUAUUUCACUGCAACAUACAAAGAUAUUUAUGAAUCAGGCGGCAACCUCCAGGUCUGAGCAUGGAGGCAAACCAGGAAGUGCAGGGGCUGCAAAAAAAAAAUCUGUCCGUUCAUUUCGGUGCAAAAUGAGAGAACUUCCCACUUGAUUUAUUACCUCAGAAUUUUUUUUUAGGACAACACUUUAGUCUCAAUAGCUAGUAAAACAUCUUCUUCAAGACAAUUUGAUGUUAAUAGUUCUAACAAUGGCCCCAUUUAGAAGAAAAUAGAAGAUAAAGAAUCAUAUGAUUUGGGGCGUGGCUAGCUUUGAUUGACAGGUCACUGACAAGGUGAGCCCUCAUCAUGAGAGAAGCGGAGCAAUGCGUAUCCACGGCAACAUGUCAAUAAAGUUAUAUAUAAUGUUACAUAGAUAUAAAAAAGACGUUUACCGAUUUGGUCUCAUAACUUUGACCCUUUCACACUGUAUUUUCACUUAAUGACAGUUUAUUUGAGCGUUUUGUUCAGUAAAAAUGUCUUGUUCAGUGUUUGGUUGGACUAACAGACACUCCAAGGAGUCGCUGUUCAUUUUUCUGAGGUAAGUAACGUACAUUUUGUUUUUUGCUAGCCAAAAUUAACAUCCCAGUUAAUGCUAACAUGGAUUAGCUUCUCUCAGCCAGGUUGAGGUGUAGAGAGGCGUGUAGUCAGUGAUCAGAUCCCUCUCGCUCCUCCGCAGUCCAACUAUGGUCUGCUCCCCUUAUCGGAAACAAGAUGGUGACGAGUGUAACGCUGAAGUCGAUGCUUCCAACAGGCAGUCCACAAACCAAUGGGUGACGUCACGGUGACUACGUCCAUUAUUUAUAUACAGUAUGAUAUGAAUCUAUCAGUCUUGCAGCUCUUUGGAAUCUGCACAACCAUGGCUAGAAGUGGGAACAACUCAAACAUGUCUCCACAUAUUGUACAUAUUGAAGUACUAUCAUGUUUCCAGCCUUUCCUGUCCUCUCCUCUCUGCUCUGUGUAAACAGCCUCUCCUCUCCUCUCUGCUCUGUGUAAACAGAUUUUCAGUGAAUAUUUGUCAUGUGACCGUUGGUCUCAGCAGAAUCAAUCAUGUCUUCACAGUGUCUCUGAGGAGCAGAAUUUAUCUGGUUAGUGUAAACACUUUAUUUUAAAUGACAUUUUGAAUGAAUUCUGACAGAAACUUUUCUGUCAAGGUCUGUCAUAAGUUCAAAUUUUGACAAUAAAGCCUGUUUUUACAUUUUUCUUUCUCCAAUAAACUGUAUU